AUGACCAGGAUAUAUACGCGUCCUGAAAUCCUCCUUCUGAUCUUCUUGGCAGGCGCAGUGAAGCUUGACGGAGUCAAGGUCAUCCUCAACUUCUUGUCUACUGCUGUCCUAUCCAUCAUCGUUGGAUGGAUAUUGAUCAGAAAUGUUCCGGUACAGGCAUUUCAAUGGCUGAAAGGGAAGGCCAGUAACUUGUGCUGGCACUUUGUCUCUCAGCGCUCAGACGCUUGGAGACAUUUUCUGACGCUUCUCAGAGAUAAAUGGGAAGCUAUAAGAGCACGGACGGUUGAAUUUGCUGCAAAAGUCCGUCCACUGGUGGUGGCUGUCAUGAAAGAGGUCCAGGAAGCCACCUUGGAACUCUUUGGCUUUAUGGUGGCUGCAUUCAGGGUUAUCAAGCAAUGGUUUACCUGCGAGCAACAUACUAGCCACGAUCAUGAUGAACAGGCGCGAAAUGCUUGGUGCAAACGUGUCGUCCUCGUUGUGACAGUAAAUUCGGGCAGGUCCUACAAGGCAAUCAAGGAUGCCAUAGGGAUUGAAAGCGACUUUCCCAGGAAUUACCGGAACAGAAACCAGACUGGGUCACUUCCAGAACCACCCGGAUUUAUGCGUCAUUUUGCCGUUUGCUUGGUGCCAGAGGCGGUUUGGAUGGAUGGAACAACGGACCUGCUGCAGAAAUUCCAACAUGGAUCAUUUUUCGAGCUCGUCGGUCCCAACAUAACUGGCGAGGAAGGUGGUGGUGUCUGCUGGGGAGAGGAAAAGGUCCGGAGCAUAGAUGGGAUCGUUGAAAUCGGGUUGGUCACUUACGACAAUGAAGCAAUAAUGGAGUCGUUCUAUAAGCCCCUGCAAGCAGUAUGGGGAAGAUACGACCCGAUCUGGUGGAACUGUUCUGACUUCACCAUCCGACUUGCUUGUAUGAUCCUGCCAGACCCUGAUGAAAAGGACAUCCUGCGACGACUGCUGCUUUUCGUGUGCGCGUCUCGUCUACAGACCCUCGAGUUUGCCAUUGAUGAAUCGCACAAGAGAAUAUUCCUGUCAAGCUGGACCGCUGCCGCGGCAUCAUGGGUUGGCGGUGCUGGAUCUGCUCUCUUGACGGGAGCGUUCCCUGCCGUGUUUCCAAUUGCGUUCUUGGGGUCCUGUGGUUCUUUUGUGGGAUCUGGAAUUGCGGGGUGGUGGCGCGUUAGUCGCGUUGGUGCCAAAGAAUAUCCUAAAUGGAAAGCACGGUCAAAUGAGUUGGAGCAGCGGUUUCCCCAGCUUCGGGGGUUGGUUGGGGAGUGA